GGUGGUGGUGGUGGUGGUGGUGGUGGUGGUGGUGGUGGUGGUGGUUGUGGUUCGACGAACAAUGGAACGAUCGCAAACCCUAACUCUAUUGACGAGUUGAGAGAGGUGGAUGGCCUAUUCAUCUAUCAACUAUUGGCUAAAUUUCCAUGUGUAGGAUAG